ACGGGCCUGCGCGGCCCUCGCCGACCACGGCAAGCAGAGCGCCCUGCCAACGCUCCAGAGCUCGCUGCCGGCCAUGCAGUCGUUGGAGGCCAGGUGAUCGGCUCCCCUUUCUUUGCACGCAUUUGGGGUUGGUUCCUGUCGGAUGCAAUCACAACUGCGCAGGGCGACUAUCAUGGGUUGCUUGUGGCCAUGGAUGCCCCGUCCUCCCUCUCCUCCCUUCCCUUCAUCUUCCUCACCAGGCAAGGUAAGAUUCACCUAUGUGUUUUAGCUCCCUUUACCCUUUGGGUGGACAGAAGAUUGACCCAGUAUGCAGUAGUCCGAUUUGGGCGAGGAACAACUCUAUGAGAACACAGGGUAGCAGCCUAGCAAGCCAGUCGGUCAAUGCUUGCAUCCUGCAGUGUAGCCACGGAAGGGGUCCUCACCACUGAACAGCAACAUUCAGCAAAACAAGAUGCCUAGGCGAUAGAUAAAUGAUCCUUGCAGGAAUAUUGGUUCAGAGUCUACACAAAAACAGCAGGCAUGAUACUAAUAGUGUGGACUUUACCAAGUUACAUGUAAGUGACUGUUUAAAAUUCUAAGCUGGCUACCCUUUUACUCUUUUGACAAUUACAUGUCAAAUAGUUUUAAAUCACUGAAACCUUUAAAAUAGAUUUAUCAUAGUUUGAAAUUGAUGUGCAGCACAUGCCUCACCAGGGUUUGCUCUUGGUAGAAGGUUCCAGUUCUGUGUCCCAGUAGGUUUCCUAUCUACUCAUCAAGCAUUUAUUUUUCUUCAGUUAAGUUUUGCGAAAAAAAGCUUCAGGCAAGGCUAUUCAGGAGAGAAGCAGGGUUGAGGAGAUUCGAGUGCUGUUCAAGUUUAGCUGCUACUUGGGCGCUAUAGAAUGUCAAUGGAUUGAACCAAUUCUAAUCGCGAACCCGGAGAAUGGAAGUGCAAAUGCUAGGACUUCGUGAAUACGUCAAGUUCUUGACCGGACCAUAUUAAUUCCUGCUCGUAAGGAUGGGAGUUUACCUCAGUACUCCAAAAACUGAUAAGCUAUCUGAAAACGGAGAAAAUGAUAGACUUAAAUUUGGUCUUUCAUCUAUGCAAGGAUGGCGAGCAAGCAUGGAAGAUGCUCACUCGGCGUUGCUGGAUCUUGAUAGCAAGACAGCAUUCUUUGGUGUUUUUGAUGGUCAUGGAGGAAGAGUGGUUGCCAAAUUCUGUGCGAAAUAUCUUCACAGUCAAGUUCUCAAACAGGGUGAUGCCUAUUCAACUGGUGACCUAGGCAGUGCCGUGCAUAGAGCUUUCUUUAGAAUGGAUGAAAUGAUGCGAGGGCAGAGAGGUUGGCGUGAACUAUCCGCACUUGGAGAUAAGAUAAACAAGUUUAGUGGCAUGAUAGAAGGGUUGAUUUGGUCCCCAAGAGGCAGUGAUUCGAAUAAUCAACAAGAUGAUUGGGCAUCCGAAGAGGGACCUCACUCUGAUUUUACUGGGCCGACAUGUGGGAGUACAGCAUGUGUAGCACUAAUAAGAAAUAACCAACUUAUUGUGGCGAAUGCUGGUGAUUCACGGUGUGUUAUUUCAAGGGCUGGGCAGGCAUACAAUCUUUCACGGGACCACAAACCUGAGCUUGCAGCUGAGAGAGAAAGAAUAAUGAAGGCAGGGGGUUUCAUCCAUAUGGGACGAGUAAAUGGGAGUUUAAACUUGUCAAGAGCAAUUGGUGAUGUGGAGUUUAAACAGAACAAAUUUCUGCCUCCUGAGAAGCAAAUUGUGACAGCAAAUCCUGACAUUAACGUUGUGGAGCUCUGCGAUGAAGACGACUUUGUUGUUGUCGCAUGUGAUGGCAUUUGGGAUUGCAUGUCAAGCCAACAGCUGGUAAAUUUCAUCCACGAGCAUAUAAACAAGGAGAGCAGCCUAUCUGCUGUGUGUGAAAAAGUACUCGACAGAUGCCUGGCUCCAUCAACAAUCACCGGCGAGGGGUGCGAUAACAUGACCAUGAUCCUGGUGCAGUUCAAAAAACCAAUUAAUCAGAACAAAAUGUCCGAUGUGGCUGAGCAAUCUACCAGCAGCGCAGAUGAAACUGAGAUUCAAAUGCUUCGGACCAGUGUUGCAGAGGAGUAAAUUCGAGCUUGACACUCGCAAAGGCGCAACCAUCUGGAUUGAGAAGAGCAGGAAAGGCAAAGAAAUGUGUAGUGUACAUAUCCCAACUAUGUGUUGCACGCGUGCACUUCCUGCCUGAAAGGACCUCAGAUCGUGGUGUUGGUUGCUGCGAUGGUGGAUCUCCAGGGCAUGCAUGUUCGCGAUCCUCCAUUCGUCAUCAAGCAGGUCGCAGCUUUCGGUCAUUGUCCUGGCUCCAAACUGCGGCGAAGUCGGUGUAUUCUGUGGUUUAAGAUUCCAAGUGUGCUGCUGCAAACAAGUUUGGUUCCGUGCCUGCCUCACUAUGCUGCGCUUUCUUUCUGAAUGAUAUGCGUUGAAUCUGAAUCCAGACCCGGAUCCAGGGCUGUGUGUGUUGUUUGUUGUAUUGGCACCUGAUGGUUAGGAUGAACCCUGACCUUAGCGUAUUUCGGGUACAGUCAGUGCCCACUGUGAAGUCAGUGUGCUGAUGUAGUGAAGUGGGUUUUUUGGUUAUGACUUAUGAGGAUUCAAAUUGUUGCCUUAGCCUUUGCCUUCUC